UGGCACACCGCCUACUAUCUACAAUCUAGAGCUUGUCUGCGCGCAGGCAGACGGCCUCCCAUUUAAGUACUCUCCCUGGCGAACGUAUCUCGAGUCAGAUAUCCCCCCUUCCCAGAUCUACACUUCACUCCACAUACCUCACUCGGUGCCUGCACAAUGCGUCAGUCUGGCUACUCCGCCCACGACGACGAUAGCAAACGAUCGGCCCGUUCCUCGACGGCUUUUGACAUGGACUUUGGAAUCGUGAAUCCUUCGGCCACAUAUGACGAUCCUGCGUCUUGGUGCCACCCCAGCGCCACGUCCAACAGGGUGGCACAGAGUCAUAUCUCCAAUCUGGCGAGCUCGCAAGAGCACGUUGUCUCACCACAGCGUGACCACUCUCACGUCUACUCUUCUCAACCACCCUACUAUAACGUCCCCCCUGAUCGUGCUCAACAACAUAGUGGGCCUCACGCUACAACUUCCUACGACAUCCCCAACCAUUAUCGUGCCCUCCAAGAAUCCUCUGUGCAUAGGAGUUUGCAUGUGCGCACCGACGCUUCAGUCCAUACACCAUCCGGGACCUUCCUACCACGACAGGAUACUUCUUCGCUCGGUAUCGCGCCCUUAUCUGAAGCCGCUGUUCAACAGUACGUGUCGCCUCAUGCUCGGUAUACCCACGACACUGCAAAUACUCAGGAUAUCCCCGCACUACGUAACGUACCCCACUCAACCACAAUGCCAUACCUUCCCGUCCAUCCCUCUUCCGCGUCGACAUCGGCAUACUCGUCUCAGGCCGUUCCCUCCCAUAUCGUCACACGGAACUCACCCACCCUACGCCAUAUGCCUGGACAAGACUAUGGUUUCCCUAAUCCCGGCUUCUCGCAUGACACGCAUCAGCAGCCAUCAACCGGCCAUAGUACAGCCGACAGGUAUUACUCGACCGGAACUUCCCCAUCUCAGCGGUCGCAGCAUCCCCGCCAUCGGUAUGGUAGCUCCCCAUACCCCUCGCCGACAUCAACCUCCUCCCAGUCCUCGUCGGUAUUCGCUUCCUCUCCUGAGACUUCGUCCGUCCCUUUGGUAGACGUACACCCCCUCUCGCUCUCGAGUUCCUCCCGCGCCUCCUCUUCCGCCGCGUCCUCUCCUACCUCCGAAACGGACACGUUACAGCCCUCGUCGUCCGCCCGCACCGCUUCCUCCGCGUCCGGCUCGAGGAGCGCCGACCGCUUCCCGUGCCCCUACUGCCCAGGAGACCGCUCGUUCAGCCGCACGAAGGACCUCGAGCGACACAUCCAGUCCAUCCACUUCCGCGACCCCGACGCGCCCGAGUGGAUUUGCUGCGGAGUCCCGCUCUCCGAGGCCGACCGCUGGAACCUCCCUGAGUGGGUCCGCCGCGAGCCUCCGUACAUGCUGAACGGCAUCCCCAUGGUCGGCGGAUGCAAGGAGCAGUGCUCGCGCAAGGACGUGCUGAAGCGGCACCUCCGGAAGAACGAGAAGCGGUGCUUUGGGAGCGAGAGCGCGCCGUGGCUGCCCGGCAACCAGAAACAUAAGAGGCCGCCGCGAGGCGGGGGGAACUCGGGCGGUAGCAGCAGCGGCGCGGCAGGUCGCGCCUGAGUGCGGGUAGUCGUCCACUGUGGCGUACCAUGACACCAUCAAAACGACAAUGUCGAGACGUCUCUCUGAUGUUCCAUAUUACGUGCGGGUCUCUGUGCCUCGCCCUUCGCAAUGACAUCUUCCCAUAUGACGGACAAUUUGCCUACACCUUGCAUUUGGUAACUCCCGCCCUCCUUUGCGGUCCAUGUAUCGUUAAAUCUUCUUCGAUUCACCCGCUGUAGUAUCUUCCGCUCGCGGACCGAUUGUUAUCACAGCUACUGGCCAGCGCGUGUGCAAGUCCCAGAUCACCUCCAAC